AUGGCAAGUUCUCUGGUGAAGCCCUAUCUGAAAAAAUUCGUUUUGCGAACCCAUCCAGACUUCUUCGGGCAUGAUCUCUCAAGAAAAAGAUGUAAUGAGGACUCUUUACAGCAACUCUACACACUGCUUGGUCCUCUUCUCAAGAAGAGUCCACCUAUGGUUAAAGAAAAAACUCGGCUUGCGUUCUAUGACAAAUCAAGUCAAAAGCAGGUUGAGGGGACCUUUGACCAGCCGACUUCGGAGUGGGCUACUCUGCAAUCGUUUUUAAGUCUAUGCAAAGAACUCGGUAUCCCUAUAAAAUCUUCUGAUAUGGAUACUGUAAGAUCCAUGGUGUCACAAUCAAGUGGAACUAGGGCUGCACGUAUGCACAAGUCAUUGAAGCAAGAAUUUGCAGAGGCACUUUACAAAGGACAUGAUACAUCCUUCCGUAGAGAAUGGACGCCAAAGACAGUCUUGGAGAACCGUCUUUUGAUGAUGGGUCCCUCUGUGGAUAAAAAUAAGAUGGCUGAGCGAUUGUGUGAAAUUCUUCCUCAGCUUAAACCUGAAAUUUGGUGGGGAAAGAUACCCGUACUGAUCGUCUCACCCGAAUCCAGUCUUCCCGUUACACUCACUAAAGGAAUGCUGAUACUCACGAGUGACAUGCAAUGCGCAGAUAUUGAGCAAUACUUGGCUGCUAACUUUGAAAGGAAACAUGCCGAACACAUUGAGAAAUACAGAUGA